UUACCGAGUGCUGCCGAGUGUUACCGAAGCUGGUGGCGGAAUUUCCCCCAACGAAGAAGAACGAAACCUCGCUCUAAAACUGGGCUCCCGACCGAGCCUAACUCUAGAAUUUUGGUCCUUAAAGAUCAUUCUUUCACAGAAAUUACUGAUAAUAACCGGUCACGUGCCGUAGCGUGACGCUGACCCUCGCGGAACUGUCGGAACGUGGGCGCGCGGCCUGCUAGCUGCUAAGCUAACGGCGCCGAGGCCCGGCUACUGCGAAAGGAAUGAGCCGGGGAGGUGGACCUGGCCGGGGAAGGCCUUUGAGAGAGGGCGGGCCUCCUUAUAGAGGCCCGCCGGACUGGGGACCUCCACCCCCCGGAGGUUGGGGACCCCCGCUUCCCGGGGAAUGGGGCCCUCCGCCUGAGGAGUGGGGCCCCCCUCCCCAUGGAGGAUGGGGUCCAAGAGGACCUCCACACUGGGCUCAUAGGGGGGCUCCCCAUCCCUACUGGGACAUACCGGGACCCCCUCCUCCAGACUGGGAUCCCAGAGGCCCCCUUCCUCCAGACUGGGAUCCCAGAGGCCCCCCACCUCCUGACUGGGAUCCAAGACACCCGCCACCACCCGACUGGUAUUCUAGAGGACCCCCACCUCCAGGCUGGGGGUCUCACCCCGAAGACUGGUUGCCCCCGCUGGACUGGGAUCAUCCUGACUGGAGGCAUUUGGAGUGGGAUCGUCACGCCCCCCCGGGGCCUUGGGGGCCAGAGGCUGUUCCUCCUGUCCCCCCAAUUCCUCCCGUUGAGUCAGUUCCACCAGUAGCUGCUCCACCUGUGCUCCCCCCAGGUGUGCCUCCAGUUAUCCCCCCAGGUGUGCCACCGGUUAUCCCCCCAGGUGUGCCCCCUCCUGACCCCACAGUUUGCCCUCCAGUGAUGCCUCCGCCGGGGUACGGCUACCCUUCCUUCCCCCCUCCUACAGGCUGGACCGGAGAGGUCAUUGUGGAGGAACCGAUGCUGAACCCGCCUCCAGAACAGCCCGAAUGGAUAAAAGCUCUGAUUUCUGCUCCACCUGCUGAGGUGACACCAACAGAACCCAAAGCCAGCACUGAGGUACCAGCUGUCGCCGAAGUCCCUCCUCCUGUCCCGCCUCCUCCACCUGUAAUUGAGCCCGCCCCCAAACCAAAAGUAGAGGAGAAGACAGCUAAAUUCCUGGGCCUGCUGGGAAAACGCACCUUUGAGAAGCCUCCUCCUGGACGCUCUUCCGGGAUCAUCUCCUUCAUCGGGCCCACGUUUGGACACAUCGAGAGGGAAGACCUGAAGAAGUUUACCUUCAACUUCGACGUGUUCUUUGGAAACCCCAAAGCGAUGACCCCAGGGGUCCGGGUCCACUUCACCGCCUGUGAGGAGAAGAACCGUUGUGUAGCUACGGAUGUGAAAGUUGCUCCCGGAGGAACGGAGAACGUGGACACGGAGAUAUAUGAAGCCGUAGUCAGUCAGCCCAUCCUGGAGCCUCAGCCCGGGGAGCGGCAGUAUCCGGGUCAGGUUUACGUGACCAUCGGGCCGGUCCGAACCAAUCUGCCAUUCGAGAAGAAGGACAGCUCGGUGACUCUGUUGAAGAACGACCAGGUUCUGAUCAACCUGCUGACCGACAUCGUGACGGAGAAACGCAGAGCCACCAACAUCAAACCCAAGAUUCCCGCCACUUUUAGCCACACCAACGAGAUCCGAGAGAAGGGCGUCAUCUUCAGCCUGAAGGACAACGGCGGCAUCAUCAAAUCAGACGAGCACGGCGACCUGUCGUUUGACACCAGCGAGAACCUGAGUGACAUCGAGUUUACAGAGGAGGACUUAAACGAGGAGGUGGAGUUCACCAUCAUCCUGCUGAAAGCAGGAAAACGCGCCAUCAGAAUCCAGCGCUCCAAGGAGCCCCUCCUCUUGACGCUCUGCGCUCCCGGAGACGCAGAGAAACCCGCCUACGUGGCCAGGAAGGCGGCCAGCCGCCAGGUGGAUUUAGGGCCCAACAUGUUCCUGGACUCGGAGCUGUACGAGGGCAUCGUCAGCCAGCCCAUCAUUGAUCCCAAGCCCAACAUGCCGGGUUAUCCAGGCCAGAUCCAUGCCAACAUCGGCCCCAUCAAGACCAACGUGACCUUCGACCAGAAAGACUGCGGCGUCACGCUGCUGAAGAACGACCACGUGCUCAUCAACCUGCUGCUGGACAUGGUGACGAGGAGGCGGCGAGCGGCCAACAUCAGACCCAAGAUCCCCUUCACCUUCAGCUACACCAAGGAGACGAGAGAGCUGGGAACUAUCGUCUCUCUGGGGGCGGACGAAGGCGUCAUCAAGUCCGACCAGCAUGGCGAACUUCCCUUCGACAUCACCGAGAACUUCAGCGACACAGAGUUCAAUGCCGACGAUGUCAACCAGGAGAUUGAGUUCACCGUGAGCCAGAAGGACGAGGCGAAGAGAGCCAUCAGGCUGCGGAGGAUGAAGAAAACCCAGGACAAAAUCCUAAUGGAGCAGAAAAAACGGGAGGAAGAGAAGAAGAGGAAGGAGGCGGAGCAAAGGAAGCUCAGGGAGGCGGAGGAGCUGGAGGCAGAGAAGAAGAAGAAGGAGGAGGCGGCGGCUGCGCUGGAGGCGGCCAAAAACAAGUGGACGCCUUUUGGCUUCAAAUUUCAAAUUCCCAACUCCAAGGACGACAUCAGCAAGGAGCGGUUCAACGGGACGAUCCUCAAAGCCAUUUCCAGAAACCCGGUGAAGGAAAUAAAGAAGGAACCAGAGGAGAACGGACAGAUCAAAGUGGAAAAAAGUGAUGAACAACCAAAGGAAGAACCUGACGCUGAAGAGAAGGAGGUUAAAAAAGAAGAGGGUGAGGAUGUUCAGGUGAAGAGCAAGCCUCCAGAAGCUGGAGCAGAUGCAGAGCUGGGCCGCCUGGUGAUGACCAUCGACGGAGAGCAGAAGCAGCUUUCCUUUCGGCAGAGAGACCUGCUGAGCACGGCCACCAUGCUGAUCGGGGACAAGGUGCGCUUCAACAUCGCCACUCACCGGGAGACCAAAGAGGAACGAGCAACGUUUGUGGAGAUCCUUCCCGACUCCUUUGAGGAGUCCAUGGAGCAGCGCCACAUCGGGCUCGUCAUCGAGUUCUCCAAUGGCUCUGGACUAAUCAAGUGCUCAGAAAACCCGCAGCUCUUCUUCUCCAUGUCGGAAGUUAUGGAAAAGAAAAAACUGGAGCUGAACGAGAAGGUGGAGUUCAGCAUCGUACCGCAUGACUCUGCAGACGGGGGCAUCCAAGCCAUCAGGAUAAAGCGCUUCACUGAGAAGAUGUUCCUCCCAGCUCGGAAACUCUGCGGUGUGGGAGCAACCAAAGGAAAGAUGACCAUCAAGCUGACCGCACCCUCAACGGAGAGCGAAAAAAUCAAACCGGAGACGGAGAAGAUGAAGACAGUGGUGAAGAAUCUAAGGAAGGACUACAACGCCACCAAAACCAAGUACAGCCGGAGCAGAAGCAGGAGUAGAAGUCCCAGCAGGAGCAGAGCAAGAAGCAGGAGUCCAACCAAAGACCAGUACGGACGAAUUACUCAGAGGAGGCGGAGCCUAAGCAGUGAGCGCAGAAGCAAAAGGUAUAGGAGUCGAGAGUCACACCGACGGAGCAGAAGUCGCUCCAAGAGCCGGAGCCGGAGCAGGAGCAAGUCCAAGAGUCGCAGCCGAUCCAAGAGCCGCAGCAGAAGCAGGAGCCAGGAGAGGUCCUCAAAGAGGAGGAGCAAAACCAGCCGAGACCGCGAGGAAAGUCACAGGAGAAGGCGUGUGCCCAGCCCCCCUAGGAAAGGUGGAGUUGUGGACAAUGAGCUGGCGAGAAAGAAGCGAGAGUUGGAGGAACUGAACGAGAUGAUCGCCUACAAGAAAGCCCUGGUGGAAAUUGAUCCCCGAGGACUGGAACCUGGACAGAGAACCUGCAUCGAUUACGACCACGGCAGAAUCUCCACGCCACGGUCCAUCCUGAAGAAGAGACCGGCGGAGCCAGAGUACCCCCUGCGCCCUCCUUACGAAGAUCCAUACUACGACCGACUGUAUGAUCCCUACCACAGCCGGCGGUACGGGGAGCCCUACAGCGACCCAUAUGGGCGCGAGCUUUACGCCGAGCGCCCUUACGACAGCCGCCUGUACAGUGAGCCUCCGUUUGGAGGUCCUGCUUCCACCAGCCGCCGCUACACGGAUCGCUACGAGGUUUACGAUGAACCCUACGAUGAGCAUUACUACGACCGGCCACGUGAUCCGUACCCUCCCCCCAAACGAAGCCAGUCUCCGGAACCCUACCGAUCCUCACCUCCGUCUCAGUCUCGACAAGUUUCGUCUGUUUCCUCCAAGCCCCCCCCGUCUAUCCAGCACACCUUCAGGCCUCCCUCCCCCAUAGAUUCCCCUCCUCGUAGUCCCUCCCCCAAACCUAAAGUCCUAACACCCCAGCAGUCCCCCCCAAUCGAGAAGCCACCGCUGGAUCGAUUCCUGGACAUGCUUAGCAAGAAGGUUGACGUGAAGAAGAAACGGGAGCCAGACGACCUCCUGCCUCACGAGCGCGCCCUUCAGGAAGGAGGGGGAUUCUCCCGUAUUGUAGGAUUAGCACAGGAGUCGAGGGGCAGCAGUCUGCCCCUGGAAGAGAAAGGGGGUCAGCCCAUUCUGAAGCAGUCUUCAGAAGAAAGAACAAGUGAGAAACCAAAGGUGGAACCCUAUGACAAAAUCCAGAGUCUGCUGCGUAGCAUCGGCCUUAAGUUGAGCUCAGGAGAUGUGUCGACGCUUGCCAGCCGAGCCCAGGAGAAAAACUACAGCAUCAAGUCCUCGUCCACAGAAAGAGAGACCCUCUCUGUCAAAGAGGAGCCUUGUGGCAGCAGUAGCAGUGCUGCUGAGCUGACCUCUGUCCGAUCCUCCAGCAUGGAACCCCCCAGCAAGCAGAAGACCCCCGUGUCUGAAUACGAGAACUUCCUGGAUCAGCAGGAGCUGGCGGCCCUUAAGAAGGUGCAGCAAAUGCAGAGACUUACCAAGACGGCGGUGAACAAUCCAACGCCCACCCCUUCUCCAAAACCACCUCCUGGCCCUCCCCCCGCCAACUACCAGCAUCCACCUGUGCCACUCAACUGGCCCCUGAUGACCCCCCUGGUUUCCCAGACCUUCCCUAGCAGCAGCACAAAUGUUCCUGGUUCCACCGAAGCUUCUCAACCUCCGCAGAAGUUGGCUCUUCCUCCUGGACCUCCCCCAGGACACCCUCCAAGGCGGCCUUCUCAUCCUCCCCCAGGGCCCCCUCCAGGACCUCCGCCCCGGCGCCCUCUUGGUCAGCCUCCGUAUGCUCCACCCUCCACCCCAUCAGCCCUUCCUUUCAUUGAACACGUUGAUGCAGCGUCAGCCCCCAGCUCCUCCUCACAGCCCCCCACAACAGCAGAAACCGCCGCUGUCCAGUCCAUGUCCACCACGGUGGCACGCUGCCUGAAGGUGAUCGAGACCGUCAAAUCUCUGAGUACGCAGCCCACCGCCAAACCGGCAAAAUCGGUCCAGUUCAGUCUGCCCACAGGGAUGGGGGCCAGCCAAAUGUCCUCUGCAGACACUGACGACAAGCAGGGGGAGAAGCUGGAUCCAAGCAGCCAGAAGCUUCUGGAUAACCGAGAGCAGCAGUUCAAGAAGCAUAGAGACCAGAUUGGGGACGGAUCCAUCUCUGCAGGUUAAGUGAACCUCAAAGGGUUAAAGCAGUUGCGUUCCUCUGGACUACAAGGAUCAUCUGAGCAUUACCGGACACAGACGGGAUGGACUGCUCCUAUGUAGGUCAGCAAGCAAAGGCUUCAAGUUCGGCCGUCCUCCUUACUGAUUAGCAAGGCAUGCCGGGGUAAAGUUGUAUCCAAGAAGUCAAUUCUUCUCAGUGUAACACUCAGUGGUCAUACUUGGGUUCACCUGCAAAGUCUACUUAGGUUUCUUGAUUGGCAUCAUCAGUUGUUGACAGUCCUUUCCUGAGCUUGUAGAUGAAACUACUGGAGAACAACCAAAAAUUCUCCAGGAAUACCGCUCCCUCGACUUCAAACAACAACAAAAGAAAAAUCAGAAGAAAGUUAUCGUCCAUCCAUCUUCUCCUAAGCAUCUGGGACUGGGUCGCAAGGGCAGCAGUCUAAACAAAGAUGCCCAGACUUCCCUCUCCCAGGUCACUUCCUCCAGCUCCUCUGGGAUGACCCUGAGGCAUUCCCAAUCAAACUCUUGCAUGUUUUUCGGUUACUGAAAAUCUGAUGGCUUUAGGUUUAAGUUCUGGGCUGCAGGUGUCAGUGAUUGUUUUGAGAGCAAGAGGGCCACAUACUUCAGCAAGACUACAAGGAGUUUAGUUUUUAGUGUUAAAUCCCACAAAGGGGACUGAAUCACUGAGGAGUAACUUGGAGAAGGAUCACAGAGAUCUAUUUCAAGCUGACCCAAAAAGUAGCUCAGCUCACAUAUAAGCUGUAGCCAAUCAUGACAGUAUGGCCCUUUUUGAUUCCUCAGCUGCCCCUUCCCUCUCUGAACUAUGUACCUUAGACAACCCAACAGAAACCAGUGGAAUCAAAACAACCUGUCAGUCACAAAAAAGCAGCUGAAAACCAGUGACCACUGAGUAUUGCCACGUUACAGCUAGCUACAGGCUUCCUCUCGACGCUUUUUGGUAUCUGAGACCUGAUGACCUAACUCACUGUGGAGGUAAAUAUGAGAGCACAUACUGCUGAAGAGGAGAUAAACCAAGACAUUUCAUCCUGAAGCAUCUUUGAGUGAAGACCAGGAUAAAGACCAAGCUCGCUCGGGACUCUGUUCGCUCGGGACUCUGUUCGCUCGUAGGUAUCGUCCACCUCGCUCUUUGUCUCCUUGGCAGGUAGUCGAUUUUCUUUGGAUUGAAAUUUUAAGGAGGGAUUAUUAAUGUUUCGUACGUGUGAACUUUAGCAGAUGAGAUUAGUGAUAAAUCCAGAGUAGUAGAACUCAGAGACUAGGUACUGUAAAACCUCCAGUUUUCUAAUCAGUUUACUGUAUAUCUGCGAUGCAGCCAGGCCUCAAAGCGUUGUAUUUUUAUUGCUAAACUGGAAUGACUUGCUUACUAUCAGUCCGAUCCAGAAUUAAUGUCAAUAUUAUCAAUGAAAUCAUCUAGAACUGACUGUAAAAUCACCUUUGUCCAGCCAGAGGAGGCACCAGAUUAAUCUGAGCUAGUUUUUACAAGUGCUUUUAAACUUAAGUCACAAAUGAUAAACUACUGUUAUUUACCUGUGGGGGCGUCAGGUUAGACAUCAUUGCCACAUUGUGAAUGUGUGUGCGUUUGCGUCUCAUCUAGCCAUUUUCUCACACAGAGUAGAAACACUUUUGCACACCAGCAGUUAGAAAGCGACCAUUUAUGUCGCAAAGGACAUUGACUUUUUCAAAGAUGGUAAGUCUAGGUUCGAGUAAACUCCAACAGGGUAAGUUAAAUUUUGUUUUUGUCAAACUCAGCCAAGCAAAGCCCUUUUUUCUGGCUCCAAAAUGCAGAAGCUGUUUUGACACAGAAAAGCAAAAUAUAGUAUGUUCUUUUAUUUGUUAAAUCAACUGAGUGGCAGUACCUUAUAGUUUAGUGAUCAUUCAGAUUAAGUUUGGUCUUUCGGUGGCAUGUCGUAACGGGACAACAUGGCAGCUUCGUUUUUUUUUUUUUUUCUGCAGUAAUGACGCUGUUGCAUGUUGGUCGUAAUUGUUUAAACUCAUUUGUAGUGUUAAAAUUUCAUUCAGAUUUAAUUGAGUCCAGCUUCUGUCAGACAGAAACUAUGUUUUGCAGUCGUUCCUUUAACUACAAACAUUAGCUCAGAAAGCUAAUGCUAAAAAUUUCAUUUGACGCCUUUUCACUUAAUCUAUGCUAAGUCUUAGAAAUAAACGAUAAGAGUAGACUAACAUGCAUUUCUGUAAGUAAACUCCUGUUGAAAGUGGUGGUCUCUUUCAGAUGCUGAGUAAUUUCCGUGCCAGAAUGUUUUUACAGAUUUACAGCUGUUUACCUUCUCAUCAUACUAGCGGUUGCGUGAAGUUUUACAAACAAGCAUCUUUGCUGUUGUUAGACGUCGUGAGAAGAAUCCAUCGUUUACCGUGUUGCGUUUUGGUCAAUUGCGCCUCAUGCUAACUUCAGAUGAGAGAGGGAGUUAAUAAAGAGCAGGGACCACACCAAUUCUCAGGACAAUAAUUACCGUCAGAUAAGCAGUUUGAAGUGCAGCUUCGUCCACAGAUCAUAGGUAAGUGAUCACUGCAAUAAGCUCAGCUUUUUAUAAUGUACUGACAUGCAGAGAUGUAACAGAGACAACGUUAAAGCAUUAUAAGUAAAUUGCUAACGUCAAAGCCUGUAUGAAUUCUUACUGACCACAAACUGAUUAUCUACGGUACAUGGUGCUCAAAAGAUUUGUUGACAUGUUUUUAAAUUAUUUUGGUAAUCUUAAAAGUCACAACGCUUGAUGGAUUGUCUGAGCAUUUCGGUUACUUUAGCUUAGCGGAGUGAUACGUUCUGUUCUUCAAUGUAAUAAACUAAAAAAGUUUUGUUUUUUAUGUGUUGUAACAGAACAAGGUGGAGUUAUUGUGCUGAAUAAAGUUUGACGUAUC